AUGCAAGAUGUGAGAUCUACCAGCUUCCAAACUAUGGAUAAUGAAAAUUCAGAAGUUCAUCAUUUAUUAUAUGAAUGUAAAAGAAGAAAGGCCACCCAAUAUAAGCAUAGGAGCGAAGAAGCAUCUAGGGACAAAAAGUUGGAUAAGAUUUCAGAUUAUUUGGAAGCAUUUCUUACUUACGCUGAUGCUUAUUACAACCAACGUGAAGCUUACAAAAAUGGUCAUUGUUACAAUACUUUUUUAAACCCUGAAAAAUUCUUUGAUGCUGUCUAUAUUUGUCUCAGGGGAGGAGACCCAAAACUAAUUGGAGGAUUGAAAUACCUACAUUCCCUUGUAAUUAAAUCAUAUUAUGGUAUCCAACUUGAAAGAUGCCUUGAAAUGUUGAAAAAAAUUCCAGAUGGUAGUGCAGAAUUCAACAGUCAUAUUGAUACAAUAAACAGUAGUAUCAAAGAAUGUAACAAGAAGAAUGUAGAAGCACACCAAUUAUUUGAUACAGCCAAAGAACUUUCCGGGGAUAAAAGCCUAGAUGCUUCGAAUAGUUUGGAAAAGGGAAUGAGUAUGGAAAAUGGCAGUGGAUGUUCAAGACAGUCAACAGCAAUUUAUAGAACUAGACUUAAGAAUCCUAAAGUCAAAGGCAACAAGUAG